UAGCGGAUCAAUAUAAGGACAGUUUGAAUGUUAAAGGUUUAAAAGAAAAUCCUUCUUAAACGGGCUUUUGGGCAUGGGAACCGCACAAUCAGCAAACCGCACAAGGUUGUUUCCCAUUCUUCCUUCAGCCCGAUAUCACCGCCUUCCUCAUUCUCCUGCUUACUUCGAUCAACCUCUUUUGCAACACCAAAACAUCAAGUUCACAGAAAUAGAAGAUCAAGUUCAAGCUCAUUGGGAAAAGUCUUCCUCUCUUGAGAAGGAAAUUCUUGGAUUGAAAUCCAGUUUCUCUAGACUCGAAACAAUGAUGCAAAAUAGUGUUUCAAAACUGCAAUCAAGGCCAGCCUCAGAGGCCAAGGUCACUGAAGGUGAGAAACAAGAAGCAAUGACCAGCCUUAAAGAAAAAGUUGACAACUUGAAGAGAAGUCUUGAUGGGGAAAUUAAGGGACGUGAAGCUGAUAAACGGACUUACAGUGUUGGAUUCUCAAAUCAAGGAAUGGCCUUUAAAAGGCUAGAAGAGAAGAAUAUUGAAGUGGAGAAAGAAAUUGUAGAGCUGAAAGCCAGAAUUGAUGAGAUGACAUCUACCAUGGUUGGAAUGGCUGCUGUUAUUGCUAAUGCUGAGUUAAACCAUGAAUCUCAUCAACCAAAGGAGACAAAUCAAUCAAGUGAAGUUAGAAUAACAGAUGUGGGGAUGAUAACAGUUUCAAAGGGAGGGCUUUACAUCAUUCUCAUAUUUUUAAUUGCAGUUCUCAUUGGUCUCAAUCUUUGACCAAAUUUGUGUUUCCAUUCUGCACAACAGCAGCAUGGGAAGGACAUCUAGUGCCUUGUUGCUCUCAGCAUUUUUUUCCCCUGAAGAAAGCUUCCAUAAAAUGUUUCAAGGAACUUUUAAAGUUACUAGGAUUGGAUUAGUGGCAAGGAGUUUAAGUAAUUUGUAUAUGAUUAUUACUUCAUAUUUCGUUACCAUUAUUGGAAAAAAAAUGAUGAAAAUUUUUCUUA